UGGAGAACGUGGUAAUGAAAUGGCUGAAGUAUUAAUGGAUUUCCCAGAGCUGUCUAUUACUAUUGAUGGCCGUAAGGAAUCUAUAAUGAAGCGUACAACAUUAGUUGCCAAUACUUCAAAUAUGCCUGUAGCUGCUCGUGAAGCCUCUAUUUAUACUG